CUCCAUCAACCUUGGAUUGGGCUUCACCUCUCUUGCUUGCAGCUCCAUCGCAAUCACAACAAACAACAACACACACAGCAUACAGCGCCCCACGGACCACAGACCGCCCAGCCCAGCCCGGUGCAUCCAGGCCUUGACCUCCAAACUACGGGAUACACUGCUACCUUACCUUACCUUACCUUACUUUACAUUGCCUACCUUACCUAUCUGACGGAUACCCACCGCUGCUGUCGCUGUCGCUGUAUACCUGGGCUCUGUUGCUGCUGCCGUUGCUGAGGUCCCCCGUUGCUGCCCGCUGCUUUCUCCAAGUCCCAAGGUCAACCAAACCCACGGACUCGACUCGACCCCGGCUGCGCUCAACGCCAGCCAACUCACACCGACACCGACACCACCACCACCACCACUCCCACCACACGAUAAUUAUCGCUGCGCUUGCAAUCUUCAUCUGUCCAACUUUGGUCGCGCUAGCCAACCUGGCAAUUUGCCAACUUUUUUCCUCACGCUCUUUUGCCCCCUGAUUCUUUUUUUUCUUCCCUUUGCCGGCACGUCGAAAGCCUUAUUUCCAUUUUGUCGACAGUCGCAUCGCGAAUGCCCGUUGCUACCCUUGGCCUUCAGUCAUCGACUCAGCCGCCACUCGACUCGGCUCGACCACCACCACCACCUUGCGCCUGACGCGGUCGACACACACACCAUACGCACACACACCACAGCAUACCGAACCCGAUACACUCGUUUGCCGACUUCCUACACCCCUGACGGCUCUUUACUUUCCUUUGCUUUGCGUGUUUCGGUCAGCGCCCAGUCAGCAAUGACCUUGGCCCAUUAAACGAGCCCACGCGACCGACCGACCGAUCGACCGUAUCGCCAGCCCCGACAAUGGUUCGUGUCACCGAGGAGCUGGCUCUGUCCGCAGAGCAGCUCACUCUAUACCAUGCCUCCGACCCCCUCCUCGGACACCUGCCUGUCCUCAUCUUCCACGGCGCCUCUACUACUGCCAACUACACCCUCAACAGCUCCCGCGUUCAGAUCCACGUCUACAGCCCCGCCGGCUAUCAGUCGUUCCCGCGCCUGACCAUCCAACCCAACUCGCCCUUCUACGCCGUCGUCAACCACCUGCCGCGCGAAUGGCAGGGCGACGAGAUCUACCGAGGCCUCGCCUUUGGCCUCUACAAGUACUUCCAGGAGCUGCCCGAGGUCGUCAAGAACCACCUCAAGAACACAUACCCGACCACGAGGGGGCGCCGCCCGGGGAGUGGGCCGGCCCUCUUUGGCGAGCAGCACGCCGCUGACCUCGCCAAGAACAUGAUCAAGAGCGAAAACACCGUCGAAGUUCUCGAGACGUUACAGACGGCCCUGCAGACCCAACACCUAAGCAACGUGGACGUCGAUUUUGUCCUGCCUCCCGGCUCCAUUGUGCCGCUGCAACCCGAAGAUCUCGACGACGCGCCCGAGGAUGACGACGAGUUCCUGGACCCGACUCUACGGCAAUAUGGAGGGUACACAUCACUGGUGAAGCUUCUCGGCGAGCCUCUCUUCCUGCCCACCUCCAGAUUACGGCGGGCGCCUUCUAAGCCGACAUCGCUGAAUCGCAGCAAGUCCUUCUCCAAGGAUCAAAAGGUGGAUCUGAGAAUGAAGCUCGGGGAGCUGGUCGACACUGAGGAGAGAUACGUGCUGAAGCUGAAUGAGCUGGUGAAGCACAUCGCCGACGACUUUAGACAAUCUGCGAAACAGCGUGACCCGAGCAGUUUGAGCCCUUCCGAAGAAGAGCUCGAGAAGCUUUUCCCCCGGUCGGCGGAUAGGAUAUUACAGGUCAACUCCGCCUUCAUGGAGGAGCUGCGCAAGAUUAUGGACGACACGGAGGAGGAGGCCGUCAGGGAUAUGGAGGUGACAACGGUUGCACUGACGGGAUCCAGGCUGGGGUCGCCAUCCAAGAUGAAGGAUCCCACAGGCGCACUGGCGAUCGCGAGGGUAUUCCUUGAGUGGUUCCCGAAGUUCACAGACUGCUACCAGGAGUACAUUCGCGCCAGCCAGCACUUUCCCACGCUCCUCAACUCGUUCCUGGACCAACAGUCGAGCUUCCGCCAACGGGUUCUGCAGACAGGCGAGCAGACCGUUCGCUCGAUUCUCAUCGAACCUGUUCAACGUCUUCCCCGAUACAGUCUGCUCAUCGACCAGAUUGUGAGCUGUCUUCCCAUGACACAUCCGGCGCUGCAAUCGAUGCUCAAAGCCCGCGACAUCAUCACAAAUAUCUGCUCCAUGGAUGAGCCUAUCCCAGAUAAGCCGCAAGUGACGAACCGCCUGCGCAACAUGGUUGAGAGUUGGCCCCUUGACCUCGAGCCCCAAGGAAGACUCAUCCUUGCAGCCGACUUUGUGGAGCUCCCGGCACCCUACCGUGUGCUUGAUCCGCCGGAGGCGGCGGAGCGCGCCGGUAUUUUCGUCUUGUUUUCAGAUUGCCUGGUCAUUUUGAAGAAAUUAGGGCCGAAGCCCAUGUCUGGCAAGGACCUGUUGCGCGAAAUUGACAAGCCUUCAGCAGCGGGUCUUCUCUUGUCCAUGACGAAUGCCGCCGGUGGCCAGCCAUCUUACGAGCUUGCAUUCACAGGCUGGCAUAAUUUGGCAGACGUGCGCUUCACAGAGUCGACAGACGGCAAGCUUAUUUGGAUGGCUUCAACCCAGGAGAUGAAGGGAGCGCAUGCAGGAGAGUGGGUGACGGGCACCGCUGUCACGUCGCGGUGCUUCUUGCUGGAGGAGACCUUUACGAGAGCGUCAAAGUGGACGGAAGACAUUGUAAAGGCCCGUGUGGAGGGUCGGUUCUCGGAAAAGGAGCGCGAGGACCCUUCGUGGACCCUGCGUUCUAUCAAAAUGUCGGAUAACAACCUCGGUUUCUUCGCUGCCGUCUUCCAGGAAGGUGCUGACCAGCUCAUUGAUGGCCGGAGGGAGCCUGCGCCAAUUCGCAUUGUCAUCGACCACGAAAAGGGCACCAAGGGUGCGCCGAUUGGACAUUACGGCGUUGAGAUCACGGUCAACGUCAACAGCGGCGACCUGAAGAAGGUCAAGAUGGUGACAGCUGGCUUGAACGGCAAACAGUUCACAGACGAUGUAGCGCUGGACGACUUCUUGCCGACGCUCACACGACGAAUCAUCCAAUUGCUGGGCACGCAGUUCAGUGUGUCAAAUAUGCGACUGGCACCCGCGUUGGUAUCAUACUACACCAAGAUUCUUAAAGGCCUGCCGCUCAUGACGAGGGCAGAGAAGACGAGGUCGUUCCUUGCUUCUUCCCCAGUGAAGGGACUCUUCUCCAGCAUCUGGGGUGGCUCAACCAACACUGAAGCACAUAGCCCGCCUAAGCACAGCAGAACACCCGUGACGAAUGUGUUUCCUCCACCAAUUUCACGAGCAAAUAGCGAAGCAGGGUCCAUCUACGGCUCGGCCAGGGGCAAAGACGGGAUCAAAAUGGGCGGCGACGACCGCCCCGAGAACCCCCUCGUAAGACUCGAGCAGACCUUUACAGGAUACGUCGCCAGUCUCCAGGCCCGCAAAGGUAGUAUCAUCGGGCGGAUGCUGCUGAACCGAUCCCUUGCCGACGAACUCUUGGUUAAUGAUCUCUACAACCGGCUGAUUGAGAGUCCGUUUGAUCUCGACGCCUCGUCCGAGUGUAGCGCAGAUGUCAUCUUUGUUGCCUUUGAGAAGUUUAUUCGCAUCGCUUGGGGCGAGCAGAUGGGGCCAAUUAUGACGAAGCAGACCCUGGAUACGUUGCUGGAACGUAUGAACCGACAAGUACCAGGAAACUUUGCCGAUUUUGUCAACUUCAUCUUCAAGGAAAUGGCGCCACAGAACCAAAGGGCAUUUACGGCUCUAAUCAAGUUGCUUGCUGACUUGCUCGAUGGCUGUGGCAAUGAUGGCGACAGAGGCAUCCUGACGGUUUCGUUUGCAGAACUUCUCGUUUCGGACGGUACAGCGCAAGCCUACAUCAACCUGCUGGACCGUCUUGUCGAAGACUGCGAUAGAAUCUUUGACGAUGCCGGGUUCGGCGUCAACCUGACUGUUCAACAAGCCUUCGAGUCUAUGAACUCUCGUAGCGGCAAGUCGCAUUCGGGAUCGCUGACUUCAAAUACGUCUUCAAUCAGACGCAAAUUCGGGUUCGACACUUUGCUGCGGCAGAACAGCAAGAACGACUCGGAGCGGCCAUCCGUCUGGCGCACGCUCAGUAAACAUGGUCGGCAUCCUGCCUCUGCAGAUGCAGCCUCGAGUUCUAGUCUAUCCAAGAUGACAUCGUCACGGGCAAGGUCAAUCGAUUCGGGAACACAACCGGGGCCUAAUAAGCUGAGAAGACCCGGCUCCAGGGACAGACCACCGAUUGCUGGUGCUUUUGACGAGCUUCCCAGACCGAGCAGCUCGCAACGGCCUGACAUGCGCCUGGAGACGAUUGGUGAGCCCGACGUCGAGUCAACGCCUCCUGUCAAGUCAUCAAAGAAGAAGCGGCGUAGCUCUUUAUCUGAUCUGCGCAGCCUUAUGGAGGCGGCGACGAUCACGGAUCCCAGGGAGAAGAUUGAGGAAGCAAUGAUGCCGUUGCGCAUCAACAAGCAGACAUCAGAAAAGUUUAACUCGACGCCCCGGAUACCCUCGCCAUCUAGGAUACCGAUAAGCCCGACAUCCCAGAGCCUGCGGUCUCCUCGCAUGAUCUCACCGCGCCAAAAGGAGAACCCCAUGUCGCCUGAAGCGUUAUUUUCGUCGCCGCCAGCGCCCCCCGAUCGCGAAAAUACUCCCAGCCGCACACCAAAGGGACAUGCUAGAGGCCUGUCCACUUCCAAUAUCCCAACACUCAGACCGACUCGCCCGAUAGGCCCAGUCUCUCAAUCGACCGACUCGAUCCCCAGACCAUCUACGAGUCCUGGCAAGCCACCGGGAAGCGGCAAGCUCCGCCUGCAGUCGCCGCAGAAACUUCGGGAGCGGCUGCAGACAGAGAAGAAGGCGGUUGAGGAUGUCGACGCAUCACUUCAGUCGGAGCUGUCUAAGAUUGCCGAAGAGAUGUCACGAGUCAACUCUGGUCUCGGUGGACGCACCAACACGCUGGACCUGCGCAAGCUGACAGCUUCGGUCAAGACGCUCGAGGAACGUAUCCCGACGAUGAUGUCGGAGCUGACGGACCGACAGACGGCGAUCCAACGCGACAUGGAGAGCACGCUGAGAGCAUCCGAGACAAAAGUCAAGAGCAUCGAUCAGCUGUACAGAGAAUCGACGGCCGAGAACGAGCUCAUGUACGAAAAGUUCAACAGCGAGCUGGGCAAGAUUGUCAAGGCGCUCAAGGGCAAGGGCCGAGAAGACAAGGAAGAGCUCAUCCGAAGCCUACGCGAGCACAGCGAGGAGACGGCGAGGGUGAAGAAGGAGAAUGCGCGGUUGAAGAGGGAGAUUGUCAGUUUGCGGACGGUCAUGAAGGGUGCCGACUGAAGAAACAUCUGGUCGAGCUCAAAAUUGGUGUCAGAACUGCGAUGCGGUACUUCACGGUACAGAGAGAGAACGAGAAAAGAGUGUGUGUAUAAGAUUGGACAGGGGGCUUGCGGCGUUCAUUUUUUGCGGAUUAGUUGCGUUGCGAGCGAGUCCAUGGUUUUCUUUAACAGGUACGGGGUGUACCACUACUACAACUUGCUUACUGGUUUGAUUUACUGGUAUAUGCAAAAAAAGAAGCCCGGCAUUCGAGAACAAGCCUGAGAAACGGGUUUGAUGCGGGCCUCUAUUUUUCUCUUUUUCCUUUACCCGUCCAGUUGCGUCUGAGCAGGCAGGUGGGCAUCAGGCAGACAAGGCAAGAUGGACGGGGUAGAUUACGGACAGUUUAGGGAUGGUGAUGGGGAUUGAAUGGAACGGGAUGGAAUAGGGACACUGGACUCUUUGGCUUUUUGGCGGAUGGUUUGGACGGGUUGGAUGGGAUUGAAUGAAGGAACGGAAUGUGGGAUGUGGGAUGUUCUUUUUUUUCUGGUUGGUGUGUGGAGGGGAAUAGGGUCUGCGGCGGUCUAGAUGUUGUAGGUAUUGAGAGAAGACUGAGAGCAGUGUGUGUGAGUGCG